UAGAAGAGGGGAGGGGAGGGGAGUAUUCCCUUGCGCGUCCUACCUGGUGCCAUCUCAGGACACCUGUCCCCUCCCGGGUCUUUGUCUCUGUCUCUCCCCCUUCCAUUUCCCCCAUCCCUCCUUCCAUUUAUAGCUGCAGCCUCAGCCAGCCCCAUCUCAGAGGCCCCUCGGGGUGGCGGCUCAGCCCUACCCUUGCUAGCCUCAUCCCUCUUCCGACAAAGCCUUCCUCCUCCUCCUCCUCCUCCUCCUCCGUUAUUCCUGGACUUCCAAGAGAGGAGGGAGCAAAAGUGCCUCCUUGCUGGACGCACUGCGGAAAGUUUAUUCGACUCUAUUUAAAAAAAAAAGAAGAAAGAAGGAAGGAAGGAAGGAAGAGUGAGGAGGGGUGGAGUGACAAAAGGAGAAAGAACGUGACGUAAAAACUUCUUAAAGAGCUCCUUGGCAGCCCAUUAUCUGAGCAAUCGGACCAUGUGAGGAGCAGCGCACAAAAAGCCUGGCCGUUCUGAGUCCGGAGAGAGACACGCACAGGCGCCGAUGCUGUCGGGUCGGAAAGCAUCCCCGGCUCAGGUAAAGCAUCCUCUUACCUGAAGCUGAAGCUGCUGAGGCUAGGAAUCCCGCGCCAGACUUUCUAGCCGGACAGAGGUCGUAAGGUGACCGCUUGCCGAUGGACAGGGGCACUACUGUGGCUACCAUUUAACUGCCGCUGGGAUGGAGAAAGCAAGCCCCGAGACACAGCCUCUGACCUCUCCCAAGGAGCCCUUGGACUGCGCCGAAGAGGGAGACUGCGCAAGCAAUGGACUCCUACGCAAGGAGGACCGGCCCGCGUUGCCACUGGUCAAGGAGACGGACAGAGUGGCCUUUGGCCAGGCAGACAAAGGGUCGGCCAGCCCCAUCUCCAAUGGAUUUUCGGGGGCCCAGAGCCCAAGCUCUUUCAAUGCGGCCAGGGGCAACGAGGGGACGCCUUCGGUCACCCCGGUGGCCAUGACCACCCUGACCACCAACACUAACACCACCACCACCACCUCCAUCCUGUGCGUGGUGGACGGCCAGCAGCAGCUGAUGGCGCUGGGCGAGAGGGAAACCUGGGGCAAGAAAAUGGACUUCCUCCUCUCGGUCAUCGGCUAUGCCGUGGACCUGGGCAACGUCUGGCGCUUCCCGUACAUCUGCUACCAAAACGGAGGAGGGGCCUUCCUCCUGCCAUACACCAUCAUGGCCAUUUUCGGAGGCAUCCCGCUCUUCUACAUGGAGCUGGCGCUGGGGCAGUAUCACCGGAACGGCUGCAUCUCGAUCUGGAGGAAAAUCUGCCCCAUUUUCAAAGGGAUCGGCUAUGCCAUCUGCAUCAUUGCCUUCUACAUUGCCUCGUACUACAACACGAUCAUGGCCUGGGCCUUGUACUACCUCAUCUCCUCCUUCACGGACGAGCUGCCGUGGACCAGCUGCACCAACGCUUGGAACACCAAGAACUGCACCAACUACUUCUCCAACCGGAGCAUCACCUGGACGGCUGGCUCCAUCUCGCCAGCCGAAGAAUUUUACACCCGGCACGUUCUCCAGGUGCACCGAGCCAAGGGGCUGGACGACCUCGGCGGCAUCAGCUGGCAGCUCACCCUCUGCUUGCUCUUCAUCUUCACCAUCGUCUACUUCAGCAUCUGGAAAGGGGUCAAGACGUCUGGAAAGGUGGUGUGGGUGACGGCCACCUUCCCGUACAUCAUCCUCUUCAUCCUCCUAAUACGAGGGGCCACUCUGCCCGGAGCUUGGAGAGGCGUGCUCUACUACCUGAAGCCCGACUGGCAGAAACUCCUUGCAACGGAGGUAUGGGUGGACGCUGCUGCUCAGAUCUUCUUCUCCCUCGGUCCUGGCUUUGGGGUGCUCCUUGCCUUUGCGAGCUACAACAAGUUCCACAACAACUGCUACCAAGAUGCCCUGGUUACAAGCGCUGUGAACUGUAUGACAAGUUUCGUCUCCGGUUUUGUCAUCUUCACUGUCCUUGGUUACAUGGCGGAGAUGAGGAACGAAGAGGUCUCGGAGGUUGCCAAAGACACUGGACCCAGCCUCCUCUUCAUCACGUAUGCAGAGGCCAUCGCAAACAUGCCUGCCUCGACCUUCUUUGCCAUCAUCUUCUUCCUGAUGCUGAUCACUCUGGGGCUGGACAGUACGUUUGCCGGGCUGGAAGGGGUGAUCACGGCCGUCCUGGACGAAUUCCCCCACGUUUGGAGCAAGCGCCGGGAAAUCUUUGUGCUGGGUUUCAUUGCGAUCUGCUUCAUGGGCGCCCUCUCCACGCUGACCUUCGGUGGUGCAUAUGUGGUGAAGCUGUUUGAGGAAUAUGCCACGGGCCCGGCGCUGAUAGCCGUGGUAUUUCUGGAAUCCAUCGCGGUGUCGUGGUUCUAUGGCGUGGGUCAGUUUUCCAGGGAUGUCAAAGAGAUGCUCGGAUUCAGCCCUGGAUGGUACUGGAGGAUCUGCUGGGUAGCCAUCAGCCCCAUUUUCCUUUUGUUCAUCAUUUUCAGCUUCAUGUCCAGCGUGCCAGACCUCCGCCUUUUCGACUACACGUAUCCCUACUGGACCAUGGUGCUGGGUUACUGCAUCGGGACGUCAUCUUUCAUCUGCAUUCCCGCCUAUAUGGUUUAUCGGCUGGCGACUACUCCAGGGACACUCAAAGAGCGUAUUCUAAAAAGCAUCACGCCAGAAACAGGCACCGAGAUUCCCUUUGGCGACAUCCACAUGAAUGCCGUCUAAGCAGCCGUUUCCAUCUCGCUGGACGUGGGAAGAGGAUGGGGAAGAGUGAGGCGCCGGCUCCUUGGCUCUUCCCCAAAGAUGUGGGUUUCCACCCAGAAGCGUGUUCGUUGUGACGGAGGCACAAGCGUGGCGUCCAAAGUUUUGAGCCUCCCAAGGAUUUCCUAGGAAGAGGGGCCCGCGCUCCUUGGGACUAGAGACUCUUUUUCGAAUUCGUAUUACUGCACUGGUUUUGUUUUCAGACGCAUGAAGACUAAAAUACACGCGAGGGUCAACGAGUACUCGGAGUACCACACUGCAGGCUUCAGGCAGCGUGAAUCCACACAUACGUAUGGUUGCUCGGGCGACCGCUGCAAGCUAGAAAUUGUAUUUAGACCCAUCUAUCUGUGUCAACGUACCCGUUUUAAUUCUCCCUCCGUGUGAUCCUCUGUAAUAGCACCCUGUUGUAUUUUGCUUCGAAAGAUCUCAACGUAUUCAACGACAAUGUUCCCUUGCGACUUUGCAGCUCACUUUUUGCAGACUCGCUGUUUUGUGGGGUUUUGCUUCCUGGCAACAAUGGAGUGUGGAAAAUCCUACUUUGUGGAUUUUCACUUUUCGCGGGUGGUCCUGGAACGAAACACCCACGGUCUCACACAAGCCGCAUCUCACCCAACUCACAGGAAGUUUCGCUGCUUGAAUGGCCGCCCUAAAUCUCACCAAAGCAAAGCUACCCAAAGCUCAGUGUGUUAAGGGUCGGAUGUGCUUGAUCCCACCGUUCAUGCAGUUUGUGAUAGCUGAGGGAAAGAAGUGGAGUGUCUGGAUACCCCACAAGGGUCUUGGCACUUGUUUCCACUUGUUGUUUGGAAGGACAAGGGAAGAUAGACCUCCGAGUAUGGUUUUUCAGUCAGUCCACCAUCAUAAAGUCCAGCCAAAUGAAUCUAGAUCAGAUGGUGAAGCCAUCAAGUGAGAAUCCUCAAAACAUAUGACAGAAAAGGAUCCAAAGUUCCUUCUCAUCCACCUUCUUCCUCACUCCACGUUGCUAAUAUUUUCAGGAGCUUAGAACUGUCCCAUAACGUAGCUGCUCACUCCAAAUGCAAACACAAAGUUCAUAGUAUAGUAUUGAACAUUCAAAACCAGGUGUCACACAUCUCCAGAAGGUUUCCUCUGAUGCAUUCGUGGAGUAUCUCCCACAAUGUCUGGAAUAGAAUUCACUAAAUGCCAUGCUUUCCUCUCAGGCAGGCAUACAACGGGUUGUUGUGUAUGCUUUUCAAACAGCACCCAUGCUCUACUGUUUUAGAUGGACCCCAUGAAGGACCUGCCAAGAUUGUUGUGUUGUCCCAAUGCUUGUAGAUGGCUUGCAAACGUGUAAGCGCCGUCAUAACAUCUCUUGACUUCUCCAUUUUGAAUGCAAAGUUGGGAAAGGAGUAACUUGGGGGAUCAAGUACUUCCUUCUCAGUGCCACAACGUCAUUAUCAGGAUGAGUGUUCCCUGUAAUUGUUCCUUCAUUGAUAGUCUGCAAGCAGUAGCUCAGAGGGUAGUAGAGCCAAAGCUAUGUGUAGCUUUUAAUAAGGGCACGCUUGUGGGAGCCAUUAGGGCACCAUGUGUGUGCCUACAUGUCAAAGCACAUGCAUGUUGCGAAACAAGUUGUGUAACUCUCUAGCCAACCAGGCCACACUGAACCGACUUAGCACAUAUGAAGCUCACAUUAGAAUGUAAGAGGCACUGCUGUUCUGAACCCUCCCAUCCCUAGAGCCAUAAGUGUGCCAAAGACAACAGUAUUUAAUCCAGUUCUGCCAUAGCCCUCCAAAGCGUUUUCACUGGACAGGCCCCAUCAAAGCUCAUGGGGGCCCUUUGCAAAGGCUUCGUUGAGGACCUUAUCAGGGAAACCACUCCCCUUCCUGACUGAACCGGGACCACGGUUACCUUUUGUUCGUUUGCGUUUCUGUAUAGAGAAAAAUGAAAACUGGAGUUUUAUUUUAUCGAACCAAAAGUAUUCCUCCUGAAUGUGUACAUAAUGCGCCGCUAUUGACUUAUGUUGCCGCUUUCGUUAUGGAAUGUCCCAAGCUGGGCUGUAAGUGGUCAGUAUGUGCCUUGCGACGUAAGCUAUUGUUGUAACUAAAUUGAAUAUCAUAAUAAAAGAGCAGCUGUAUCUCCCCCCC